UACAUACUGAGUGGAAAUCUCACGUGAUGUUACCCUUUAGGCUGAGAAACUAUAUAACCGUCGAUUAUUUACUGUGAGGGAUCAGGGUGGGUUUAUUUAACGACACCCAUCAAAGUGGAGCGUCGUUCUCGCACACCUGAUGUAGUUGCGGGCCACUGAAAACAACCUGCUAUAUAUGUGUCGCACUCAAGCUGCCAUAUAUAUGCGUCACAGUUAACCUGGAUGUCGGAGUGAUUGGUGGCUGCUGUUUCCCUAGGCAAUGUUCACGCCGCUAACAACACGUCGUUUUAGCUACCCAACCUCAUCACUGAUUCAUUUCCUUCCGCAUGGCCGGUUUUACUUCACACCUUGGCUUGGUUACAUAGGCCUACCCGUAAAAGGCUACAUACCAUGGUAACCACGAAGAAAGGACGAAGGGUUUUAACGAUGAACAUGUUUUCUGAAAAACGAUUUAAGAUAUCACUCCUGAUCGGUAAAAUACAGUCAGGUGAGGAUAAUAAAGACAUUCACGCUGAAUAAUGUGACACUGUGCACUGGAUCUGAUGUCUUAUACAAGCUGAGGGAAAUCUCACCAAAAAGCAGAUGACAGUUCUCAUCUCGUCAUAGUGUUCACAGCUGAACAUUUCAACCAAUACCUCUGAAUUCAGCUUAGUUCGCCUGGGCCAUGCCGAGACAAGAAAGGACAAGAGAACAAAAUACAGACUUAUUUGGAACUCGUGAUAAACAGAAAAUUGACUUAGAAAAUAGUAUGUUAUAGUUUCAAGUAUCCCGUUUUACUUCAAUCCAGUAUUCACCGUGCGAGGAUGACUAACUUCCUAGCAGAUCUACCCAGGCAAUUGACUAAUCCUAUUUGGAAUAAGGUAGUCUGUGCCGUUGCUACUGUGAUGUUUUGCAUGAGUGGUACACAACACACUUUGGCAGAAAAUGUCGCACUGGAGAAAAUGGUAAAUAUUAUGCCAGAAGGCAUUUGUACAUCUUACUGUGACAACCGACAAGGUGAUUGCAUUUCACAAACCUGCAAUGACACGUGCCCGUCAGGAAUCACGACCCAGCCUCGCGUUUUCGAUAUCAAUAACAACACAAGCUGUGCGCAGCUGUCGGUCCCCCGGAUUUCUGACAUGACUACCGAGCAGCGGACAGUUAUCUACGCCUUUUCCAACGACUCCUCGGAAUGCACGGUCUCCAAAACCUUUAAACCCGAGAAAUCGUUUACACUGGUAUUUUGGGUUAAAGUCAGUUCUGAUCUGGCGUGUGAUCCUCCUUCACAGCCUUGUUUUGUACUUUGGAUACGAGAUCUGAAUAACCAAACAAAUAAUAUUCUCGAAGUUCAAGCGGGUCUCGGGGAUUUGGAAAUCAAAUCCAAAAGCGGAUCAAUUCGCUUGGACCUGAAGUUGACUAGUUGGAAGAACGUGACGAUUCUGGUGUCCGAAGAUAUGUUAGCCGGUAUUCCAAACGGAGAAUUGAAGAAUGCGGUUGUUCUAAAUCAGCGACUGAAUUUGACACGAGACGUGGAAGUAGUUUGGGGAGUAAAAAAUGGCGCAGACAUCUCGAGAGGUAUAUUUGCAGUCGCCGACAUUAAACUGUACAGUAGAGCUGUGGAUGGAAGAGAAAUUAAUAAAAUGAAGGGCGUUGUUGAUGAACCCCGUGUGGCCCCCGAGUGUAGGUGUGGAGUCCCUGCCCUUAUCGAGACGGGGUCGUUAACCUGUAAGAAUGUGAACGGCGGAAGUGACGUCAGUAGAGUCAACCUUCAGGCUCAUUACAUCGAGUAUGUGAAUGACGGUGAUGUGGGGACAGUGUGGAUAUCGGACGCCCGCAAUUCGUCCAACAUCAGCAUUGACCUAGGCGCUACAUAUCAGAUAUUUAACAUUACAAUUAAGUUUGGCACAUCCAUGCCCCAAACUGUUAUGAUUGACAGAGUGUUUGGUUCCACUCCACAAGAGACAGAGUCACGUGAUAUCAGAACAGAGCCGGAGACAGAGCCGGAGACAGUGUUCUCCUGGGACGUAGACAUUGGGAAUCGGUUCGUGUACGAGAAAACCCUUGCGACCAAGGUCAACGUCGUGCUCCAGGGCCACGCAGAUGUCCGAGACUAUCACUCUAUAGCAGAAAUCUUCAUCACCGGAAGUCGUGCAUGUUACGGCAACCCAAGUACUAGAGACGAUUGUGCACCGUGUGGAUGUCACGAAUCAGGCAGUAACUCGACAUCCUGCAACGUGGGCGACGGCAAGUGUAGCUGCAAAUCCAAAUAUCAAGGUCGAGAUUGCUCCAGUUGCGUGCCGGGAUACUGGGGUUUACAGGAUUGUAAGAAAUGCCCUGAGUGCAAGCCUUUGGGGUCACUUUACAACAACACGUGUGACUCCAUCUCAGGACAAUGCUUCUGUGUAGGAGGAGUCACGGAAAAUAAAGAUUGUGAUGCUUUUAUCACGGAUAUAGUGCCGACCUAUGGCCCCCUGGCAGGGGGAACCCGCGUGACGAUCCAUGGACAACUCCUGGGGGAGGGGAGUAACUUUACUGUGUUCAUGAACAACACGCGACAAAUUAGCCACAGCAGGAAUCACACAUCUCUAGUGUUUGAAACACAGAACUCGAGCAGUAGUAGUAGAAUGGAUAUCAGAGUUGAGUUAGGGCAGGGGGUUGAGCGUAAGCUGAACACCACCAAGUUUGAAUACCGUAUGAAUCCAUCCGUCCGCUCCAUCACACCGUCAGUGUCCAUCGUAAGUGGUGGUAUUCUGCUGACAGUGACGGGAUCUAACCUGAACAGCGUGUACAAACCGGUGCUUGUGGCUUACAACUCAUUCAACACCUCACAAGCAAAGCAGGAAUGCCUUGUGGAACCUCGCAGUUCAACAGAUAUGUACUGUCCUUCACCGAGCCUGAAUCAGAGUGAGAUUGCAGGGGAAAAUUACUUUCGUUUGGGUAUUGAGUUUGAUGGGUUUGAGGAUUACCUUCGUUUACCGGAGAGCGCCGCUAACUUGACGUUCCGUGAAGAUCCUAUCAUAACCCUAUGGAGUGAAACGCAGAAGUUUACUUACCCCUUCAACCAAGUCAUUCGUAUCAUGGGCUUCAACUUGACUAUGGCCGCCAAACAGACGGACUACAGUGUGAAGGUGGGGAGUGAGAUUUGUGUAAUCAGUCUAUUGUCCGGGAGUCAGAUUGUGUGUGUGCCUCCUCAAUCCCUGCCGAACGAUGCUCAAUUGAACGUCACAGACACCGUUAACGUUAUGGUAAAAGUUGGUUUUCUCCAAGUUAUGGUUGGUCAGCUACACUACAUACGAUUCUACAAGUCGAAAGAGUUCAUUGGCAUAAUGGCGGGCAUAGCGGGUUUGUUCAUCCUGAUCAUAGUGGCGAUCGUGGUGCGGAAAUGCCGCAAGGGAAGAAUUCGUCGUCCCUCAGUGCCAGGGUGCAGGCCGACACGACCCGGAUCUAUGGAAAGCUAUAACCAAAAGAUAAGACCGGAGCUGCCUCCUAUCCCACACCCAACGUCCCUGUUUGACCGCCUGGACAAUCUCACACAAGAAGGGGUUAUGAACGCAAAAGUGGACAAAGAGUUCUUUACACCUGGCAAAAUCUGUACCAAGAAAGGUGAACUUGCAAGGAUCAUUGACGGACAGUUUACCAAUCAAUCUCCUGUGUCACCGGGCACUAAGCUAACCAUCAAAGCAUUUGUAAACGCUGUGCAAGAGAACGCUCCUGUGCCCCCCUGGGCAAAGCAAGCCCUCAAGCAGGCCGUGUACUUCCGUGGGCACAUACACCCGAAUGUUCUGGAACUACUAGGUGUAGGCUUUGACAAGACAAGGGCUUACUUCCUGUAUCAUCACAUGAGCAAUCGCUCUCUGAAGGAGUAUAUCGUCAACCCUCAAAUCGACAUACAGCACAAUGAGCUACUGGAAUAUGCUUUACAGAUCGCCGAAGGAAUGGAAUUCCUGUCUAGCCGUGGCCUUCAGCAUAAAGACUUGGCCACAAGGAACUGUAUGGUGGAUGAGAACUUGGUAAUCAAGAUCAGCGACAUUGCCUUCGCGUCGGACCUGUACAGAUCGGAGUACGUCUAUGACAAAACACAAGACAUCUACCGACCUCUGCGCUGGAUGGCUUUGGAGUACAUGAAAGGCGGCUAUCACGACACCAAAUCGGAUGUGUGGUCUUAUGGCAUUGUUGUAUGGGAGUUGUUCAACCGGGGACUCUUACCCUACCAUGAUAUCUCUGACGAUAAUAUCCAGAGCAAUUUGGAGGAUCGAAAUCGCCCAGAAAAACCACCAAUAAUGUCAGACAAAAUGGAUACAUUAAUGUUGUCGUGUUGGGAUGAGACUCGAAAAAGCGCCCUUCAUUUACUGACAUUGUGGAACGCAUUAAAGAAGAAGUCGGCACUGGUACAGCCUACAAUGACGGAGAUUACAUCAACAUCGAGACAGAGAUCCACCAGGGACGCGGCAAGAUUCGGGCCAGCAGUUUUUACCGGAGUCGACCGGAGAGCAACAUAUACGGCAACGUUCCUGUAGUCCACAACCCCGGGCGAUCUGUUCGCAGAUAUUAAACACCGAAACGGACUAAAUAGGCUCUGCGUGCACCCCAGGUCUAUAUUUAUGCGGCAGACUACUUCUCCAUAUGACAGUUCACAGGCCUCUACAGCCUGUGAUAUACAUUAUUCAAUAUUCAUUUCUUACUAUACUAGUUAUAGUUAUGUGUAGCAUUUGUUCGUGGAUGAAUGCAGACGUGAUAAAUCCAUAUGCAUGUACGUUUUUCACUUCUGGGCUAUAUCACGGUGCAUGUAGCAUAAACCUGCGGAGUGUAGUGGUACUAUGUACCUUUUUCACUUCUGGGCUAUGUUACGGUGCAUGUAGUGGUAGUAUGUACUUUCUCCACAUCAUACAGAAGAACAUAGCUAUAAGAAUAUAGCUGUUUUUAUUAAUGAACUGUACAACAACGAAAUAAUUUGAUCUGGGAUAAUGUGACCAUGCAUGUUCUCUAGUAAAAAAUGUUCUCUUUUAAAUUUUAAAAGACAAACAAAAUAUUUUUAUAUGAAAUGGUGUGCACAUAUUGGAAAAUCAUCUCAACGAAGAUUCGUGUUCUCGAUGAAUGACGGACUUUGUAUUCACAUACAGUUCUAGAUAUCUCUCACUUUGUAAGCAGCAAGGUCAAGUUUUGUUCCUGAUAUCCGACUAUGACAUAUAAUGUAUACAUAACAAUUUUUAUUGAAUCUAGUUUAUACACACAAAUGGAUUCAGCUUGGAUGAAUUAAAUUUCAGCCAAUCAAAGUAGCGAGUAGUUUCACAGUAUUUUCAGGCAGUAAUAUAUCCGUAGCAAGGUGUUGCAGCCAAUAGAUUUAGAGUGGCCUGGUGAGUCUAGAAAGUUUUCAGAACACAUGGUUCAAUUAGCCAGUUUCAGCCUGCAUGUUAGGAUCCAACUUGUCUACUGCAUUGAGCAAAAAAAACACCAAAAAAAAAAACCCGUUUGGAUCUUUGGUUAACACGUGAUGUAGAGAAUCACCCUAGCAUGAAUAGCCUGAUAGAUCAACAUUCUCUCAAGUAUGUACACUUUGACCAAGCCACGAAAAGGAUAAGUGAGUUUGGAAGGGGUAGCUGGUUGUGCCUAACGGACAUCACAGAUGCAUUGAAGCUCAUUCCAGUACAGCCUUCUUUGUGGCAUUUAUGCGGUUUUAAAUGUCUUCCACUAUGAGAGAUUAGCAUGUGGAUCACUGUCCAGUCUUAACAUUUUUGAUGCGUUGUCGCAAGCAUUGAAAUGGAUUGCCAGAAACAAGUACAGAAUCAAAUGUAUCUUCCGUCUCCUGGACGACUUCCUGGCCAUUGACAGCCCCGAAUCACGAGGCUCUUCGUGCUAAAGCCUCACUCUCCCUGUUGUUCUAUAGGCUCAAUAUCCUGUAGCACCCCAUAAGACAGUAGGCCCUACACACCAACUUGGGUAUUUAGGCAUUCUAUUGGACACACUGCACAUGGAGUCUAGGUUACCUACUGACAAGCUCGAUAGGAUUAUUCCGUUUAUAUCAAAACUGCUCACUUCGUCCAAGACAACCAAGCGUCAACUGCUCAGCCUUCUAGGUCACCUCAGUUUUGCAGCCAAAGUGGUGGUUCCCGGCAGGGCUUUUGUUUUAUAUCUACUAGACUUGGCAGCAAGCGUUAGAGAGUUAAAUGCAUAUGUCUAUUUAAAUCACGAGGCCAGAUCUGAUCUUAAAAUGUGGCUAGGUUUCGUGAAACUCUGGAACGGCAAGAGCAUGUUUUUGGAUGUAGCGCCUUUUCCCACCCAUGAGCUAAGGCUUUAUUUGGCCUGGGAGGAUGACACAGGGUGCUCGGGUAUUUACAAUGAAUCUGGUUCCGGUCUGAAUGGCCUAAAGAGCGACCCAUUAUUAGAAAUACAACUGUUUCAUCUGUUUAUUCAGAAAUUUACACCAUUGCCACCGCUGCUUAUUUGUGGGGUUAUUGCUGGACUGCCAAACGUAUCCCGUUGAAUGUCAAGAAUUCUUUAACUGAACAAAUUAAGAAAGGUAGAUGUGUAUUAUUAGUCAGGUAUUAUUAAUCAAUGCUUUUUUAUGCAAUGCAUAUUUACUUGUUUCCCUGUCCAAAAUAUGCACGGACAUAUUGAGGCAGUAAUGAGCAUAGUUUGCUGUCUCUCAUGUUGCUUAUUUAGUGGAAGUAUGGUUAUAUGGACAGUUUUCGCUAUAGAUUAUAAUGAGGAACUGUAGAUUGUACCAGGGCCUUUUCUGUACUGAGCAUUUUCACAAUAAGGUUUCAGGUGUGCUUGCAAAUACUCAUUUACAUUCAUAUGCAACCAGUUAUAUUAUCAUAAAAAUAAAAAUAAAAAAAGUCCUUUCU